AUCAAGAGUUGGACUCUCGACAGAUUCAGCUACCCAGGCACCCCAGUGAAUCCUUCUUGAGUCAAUGUCAUACCUACAUUUAUUUAUUUACUAUUAUUUUUAAAUGUCGUGUCUACUUAAGUUUGUAGGGGCCUUGGCAGUUUUGGGAGGCACCUUGACAUCUUUUUUCUCAUUCUGGAACAUCUUUAUAAUUUGUGGGACCCAGUGCAGGGCCCCUUGUUCAAAAAGUAGUGAGCAUUUCAAGACUGUGAGAGCAGAGGUUUAGACCAAGGGUGGGGCUUCUAGGCCUCAGCUCAUGAAGCCGGCCCUGAUCUCAUUGUACCCAACGAGGGAAGAUACGGUAGAUAGAGCCCAUGAUUUCCUUUUUACAGAGGGCAAAAUGAAGGGCCCAAAGGGCAGUGACCAACCUCAGCUGUGCAGCUGAUCGGAAACAGUUCUGCUCCUGGAGCACGCUGACUGUCUUAUCCUGGCUCAGGGGCCCCCACAACUUUGAGCCUCAGUUUCCUCCUCUGUAAAAUGGGGGCAUCGGCCUGAUCCUAAAAUGGCAGCUAGAACAGCUGGAGGUGAAUCCCUGGACGGUCCCAUCGGGAACAUCACCUCAGCUUGUGGAUGCCUUCCCCCUAAAGUCACAGAUACAAAGCUCUUCUCUGCUUCUGGGAAGGGCCCGAGUCCUACAGACAGUAGGAGGCUGAUUGGCUUUUGUGGUAGUUGAAGAAAUUAAAGCCCUCAGGAGUGGAAGAAGGCUGUCUUCUCAUCUCUUUUUGAAGGAAUGUGGGCACUUGGGUGGAAGUUUCCCCAGGGAGCCUUGGUAUUUCGAUGCUUUGAUAUCUAGAGGAACGAAAGAGAAUUAAUCGCUAUAGAUGCCCGUGCCCGCAGGGGUAGUCUGAGGGUGGAGGGAGUGGCAGGAGUGGGUGACGGGUCCUCCAUCCGAGGGCCGUUGCUGGUUGAAGAGAGACCCAGACUAGAGGCCAGAGGUUUGAGCAGCAUCUACCUGUAGGGGAGGCUUUGGAAAUCUCACUUUCUCUGGAAAACACGUUUUCUUCAGCCCCUUGGGCUCGUGAGCAUCUCUCUUUGCUGAAAGACAGUGGAAGAGGGGUCUCGCUGCUCCCCGAGGUCCUGCGCCUCCCUUACAACAGGUUGCUCCAAGUGUUGGCCUCAGAUCUCUGUCCUCACAGCGGGGCUGAAAGCUGGGGGUCCGCCUGUAACCAGGGACUCCGAGGUCAGUGCGCACAGCACGGGAGGUGACCGGGCCGGAGCGGCCGGGCACCAUUCCCCAGUGCCCCCGCCUGCCUCUGGCCGUGCUCCUGCCAGGGGAACCCGCAAAGGGCCCGAACGGCGGGGUUGUGUGUCAGUGGGCAAAAGAGGAGAAGGAGAAGGCAGCGUUCUUUGAUUCCUGCAAGAGGUGUGUUUGGGGCCGGUAGACCUGUGGCCAGGCGCUAGGUUGUAAAUGACCCGCAACUGUGUUUUAUGUUGUGUGGGGGGUGAGUUUAUGUUCACACAUGCAGCUACAGGUGCUCGCCGAGCACAGGACAGACGUAAAUGCGUGUCCGAGCACAGAGCAGGUGGAGCCCGGGCUGUUUGGUGGGUGGGACGCCUUCUCGUGCAGGUUCAGGACUUGCCCAUCAGCUGCCCUGGAGUGACUCACCCCGGUGACAACGUCUCUGAGCACAGCUCUCAGUUGGACUUGGUGACUAACCCAAGGAAGGAGGGUGCGUGGUGACCUGCUUCAGCCGGAAAUGACAGGCGGGCAUUAGCUGCGCUCAGCACCUUAUCCCAGAGCCGUUGGUGCGGGUUCCCUGGGCCGGCCAGACACACAGGGCCGCACCUGCCUAUUUCUCCCCGGCCACAGCCCGCCCUGCGCAGUUGAGCAGCUGUUUGCCUGAAGUUAAUUUCCAGAGGCAGGAGUCCCCAGGGCUGGCCAGGGAAUGAACCGCGAGGGGGCUCCCGGGAAGAGUCCGGAGGACAUGUACAUUCAGCAGAAGGUCCGAGUGCUGCUCAUGCUGAGGAAGAUGGGAUCAAAUCUGACGGCCAGCGAGGAGGAGUUUCUGCGCACCUACGCGGGGGUGGUCAACAGCCAGCUCAGCCAGCUGCCCCAGCACUCCAUCGACCAGGGUGCGGAGGACGUGGUGAUGGCAUUUUCCAGGUCGGAGACGGAGGACCGGAGGCAGUAGCUGUGAACCCCUUGGAACACCCUGGAAGCUGGCAAGGGCCAAGAGAUCUGUGUGGACCUCGGCCAGCCGAGUGGCAGCAGAUCACCUUCCCGAUUCCCCCUGCCCCUACACCCUACCCUACCCCACUCCAGGGUCACUCAGCAGGGCUGGCACCGAAGGAGGCACCGGUGGUGCAGUUACAAUUGGCUUAAAGGGACGGACUCAUGAUUGGCUGCAGGAAGAAACCCUUUUAUUUUUAAAUCUUGACCAACAGAAACCUUUUAUUUUUAUUUCUGACUUUUUUUUUUUUUUUUUUUUUUUUUUAAAUUUGCUCCUCGGUAUAUGGCUUCCCAGGAAGCUCUCCGAGAUCUGGUGCUUUAUUUAGGUCACUUUUUAGGAAUGUGAAGAGGCCCGAUUGGCUGCUUAAACUGGAAAAGGAUUCUGAUUGGCCAGCUAGUGGGAAACGGUGUUGUUUUUUUUUUUUUUUUCUUUGAUUGGCUGCAGGUGUUCUGCUGAUAGCAACAGCUUCUCUCUUUUCAAUGCUGAAAACAGGGUUUGGGACAUUGGUUGUUAUAUUUGACUUGAAAAGAAAAAAAAAAAAAGAAACCAAGUGCGCUUUGCAAUAUUUAUUACACAAAGAGCUUGCUGCUGCUUUCA